AUGGGAAUUGUAAUUGUCGGUUCUCUAAACUAUGAUUUAGUCACUUACACAGACCGGGUUCCCGAGGAGGGCGAAACUAUCAAAGCAAACCUUUUCGAAACGCAUGUGGGUGGUAAGGGCUUCAAUCAGGCGAUCGGAAUAUCAAGAUUGAUGCCAAAAUAUGAAGAGAGCUGUAUUAAAAUGAUUGGCAGUGUCGGCAAUGAUUCUUUUGGAAAAGAUCUGAUUGAAAUGCUAUCUCAAAAUAGGGUUGAAAGCUCAAACAUCAAAGUUGUACCGGAUAUUAAGACUGGAACUGCGACUAUUUUGGUCGAAAAACAGAGUGGCCAAAACAGGAUAUUAAUUGCAGCGGGUGCUAAUUCGUAUUCCGAAUACAGUGACGCUCAACUUGAAAGAAUAUUUACUGAUUAUAAUGAUAACGACCGAACGUUUGUUGUCCUUCAAAACGAGAUUCCAGGAACUCUUGAUAUCAUGCACUGGCUCAGAGAAAACAGGCCACAUAGCGAAGUAUUUUAUAACCCUUCGCCAUUUUUGAGUCUUUCACAAGAGCAGUGGCGCAUGGUUGAUGUUCUUGUUGUCAACGAAAUAGAGGCCCUGCAAGUGGUCGAAAGUGCGUUCGGCGUCAGUUAUGGGAAUAAAUUAAAAACGUUAAUAUCGGAAAACUUUGUUGAAGGCUACAAAACUAUAGCACUCGAAUUGCAAAAAAAACUUAUUAAUCCGUGUAACUUGUCCAGUGUUGUCAUAACCUUGGGCGAAAAGGGUUGUGUUUAUAUCUCAAAGCUAGAAGAGACACCGGGCUUCGUUGAGGCAAUUAGAGUUCCCAGGGUUAUCGAUACUACCGGGGCCGGCGAUACAUUUCUCGGGGGCAUAGUCUCUCAGCUCUAUCAAGGAAUUGAGCUCAAGGAUGCUGUGAAAUUUUCCACUAUAGCAAGUUCAUUAAGCAUUCAACGAAAUGGAGCCGCUGACAGCAUCCCCACCUAUGCCGAAAUAGUAAUUUGA